UACCUGAGUUCUAGAUCAGAUUUGUCUGUCGCAAUUCACGGUUAAACGCUCAACAUUCGAAGUCUCUUCUCCUAUUUCCUUUCUAUCACCCUUGUCGCAGAAAAGACCCAUCCAAAAUGACAUCCACGAUCGGGAUACCCAUCAAACUACUAAACGAGGCGACGGGUCAUGUUGUCACCCUCGAGCUCACCUCGGGGCAGGUGUAUCGUGGGAAGCUCCUAGAAGUUGAGGAUUCAAUGAACGUCCAAAUGAAGGAUCUGGUCGUCACCAGUCGAGAGGGCCGCGUUACCCACCUCGACCAAGUCUACAUCCGCGGAUCGCACGUCCGAUAUUUCAUCGUCCCCGACAUGUUGAGGAAUGCGCCGAUGUUCCGACAGAAGGACAAGAAAGGACGAGGUGUCGGGCUGGCGAGAGGGCGGGCGACCGUCAGCAGAGCAAGGGGACAGCGCGGAACCGGAGGCGGAAGAUGAGGAGGGAGAUUGGCGUUUCUCAUAUCAGGUUAUUGGGUAUCCAUAUGGUGCUCCGCCCGUACACAGCCGCCGGAAUAGAAGGGCUUGGACGAUGAUCAAGUGGCAGGACCCGGCGGGUUGAAAACGGGUGACUACUGGUGUUGACGGCGCAGGGCAUGCGACUAAGUAUUUGUGAGAAA